AUGUUCGAAUCUGUCAAUUUGGAUGAAAAUUCUCCAGAAGAUAAAGAACUUGUUAAGGUUUUGUCCCCACCGGGUAGUUAUCUUUCUCCAGCUUCACUAGACAGUGGUUCAUCGUUCACAAAUAGUGGAACUUCGGCUAGCUGCUUUGAACCAAAAAAUAAUCUACCCUCCUUAUCAUUUUUAAAUGCUAGAGCAGGUUCUUUAGGUGGCAUUUUUAAUCAUAAACAGAUGACCUCACCGUCAAAUUCGAAUAUAGCAGGCGAAAAUGUAGAAUCGACCACAAAUAGUAACGACAGCAGUGAUGGAAAUGCAGGCCAUUCCACUACCUCACAAAAAGAUGAUAAUGGACGCUCUUCCUUAACACCGAAUUCUGCUGUAACUUCAACUGUUACGGACAAGAAGGGAAAUACGGUCAAACGGAAGUAUUCCAGAAAUGGGUGCUCUGAGUGUAAGAGAAGAAGAAUGAAAUGUGAUGAAACCAAACCGACCUGUUGGCAGUGUGCAAGAUUGAAUCGUCAGUGUGUUUACGUUUUAAACCCAAAAAAUAAGAAAAGAAGAACCUCCAACGCUUCAAGAGUAAAGGAAUUCAAGAAGCACGGUGCUAGUCUUGAUAACGAUCAUCACAAUGAUCGCAAGCGUCAGCAUUCGUCGUGCAAGGCUGAGAAAAAAAUAGCAGUACGAUCAAAUUUAGAUGAUGAUACUACGGACACCAAGCAGAUUAAAGAUAGUGCUAAGAGCGUACCUCUGGAUGAAAUAGAAUCCCUAGAGAUUCCAAACUUUGACCUUACCACCACAAUGGAUGGAUAUGAUGUUAAUUUGCUAAUGCAAAACUUGAAUGAUAUGGUUAAUAUGAAACUUCAUGACUCUUAUUUAUUGAAUGAAGAACUGAAAGGAUUAGAUUUACCCGAUUUAGACAUUCCUGAACUCUUGCCUGCUCCGAAUGCGAACAGUAGCGUACCUAUAUCCUUUCUGGUGAAUAAUGUAAUAACUUUUAACACAAAACUAAGCUCUUUCAAACUAGGCGGCAUUCACGAUAAGUAUCUAAAGAUAUUUUACUACGAUUGCUUAGACUCAAUUGCGCCUUUUUUUCAAAACCAAGGAAACCCGUUAAGAGAUAUCUUGCUUUCAUUCGCUAAAAACGAGGCCUAUCUUUUAUCUGCCAUUUUAGCAACAGGAGCAUCUAUAGCGUAUAGAAAGUCUAAUAACUUGGAAGAUGAGCGGAAUUAUUGUGCGUAUUUGUCACAUUGUCUAAGUUUAUUGGGGGAACAAUUCAAGAAUGAGUCAAACGUUUUAAAUAGAAUAGAACCUAUCAUUCUAACAGUAAUCAUGCUUGCGUGGGAUUGUAUUUAUUCUAUGAACUCCCAAUGGAGGUCUCACCUAAAAGGUGUCACUGACCUUUUUAAAAAAAUUAGCGCCGGGAACUCCUCAAAAGUCCUGAACGUUGCAAAAUGUUGGUUUAAAGUUAUGGAAACAUUUGCCAGUAUAAGUACAGUAUUCGGCGGAUCUCUAAUUGAUAAUAAUGACCUUGAUGCGAUUUUUGAUCCAUAUGAUUACCAAUAUGUUGACUCAUUAAAAUUCCUAAAUAUUAUGACUCCAUUAAAUGAAUUCAACCUUUUAAGAGGGCAUAAAGAAGAUUUCGAUCUUGUCAUCAAAGAGGUCUUCAAAUCACUCAAUAUAAUCAGGUCCACCGAAAAAAGCUAUUUCUCAAAAGAAAAAGGUUUGUUCACCAAGAAAUUAGACUAUUUGCUUUUAUCAUCUCAAACUUCAUCGGAAAAGUUCAAAGAUCAGAUAUCAUAUUUCAAUACCCAGAAAAUUCUUGUGGAAAUUGACAAGCAAUUAGAUUACGAAUUUAUUGACAAAUCGGGUAUCAUACCUUCAGACAAUCAAUCACACCCUAGAAUUAGUAAUAUUCAUGAUAAUGCCAUCGAUAUGGUGAAAUUGAAGAAUGGUGAAGAAAUUGCCAUCAGUUGGUAUGAUAUUUCUCAUCAAACACAAGUUUUAUCUUUUUUGUUGAUUGUAUUAUUGAAGCUUUUAGGUAUGCCGAAAGAAUCAAGUACCAUUCAACAAGUGGUCAAAAAAAUCAUGUCUUUUUUUAAAUUUUUAGAUAGUGACUCACCGCCGCAAAAUUCGAGGACUUGUUAUAGUAAUUUUGCUGUAUUGAUAGCUGGUUUAAAUGCAAUGGACGAAGAAACAAGAGCGAUUGUUAAAAGAUACUAUAAGAUUAAUGGUGGAAAAUUCCAACGACUCACAGAACAUAAUCUUAACAGGCUAGAGAAGGUCUGGUAUGGUAAAAAUCAAAAUUACAGGUUGGAAGAACAAGACGUCCUAACAUGGUAG